AUUCAGAUAGAGUCUAGGGUUUAUUCUCGUAUGGUACAAUUUCGGGCUCGGGAAUAUUCGAUUUCGGCUAAAUUCACUUGUUCAGGUUAACUGAGAAGAAUCUCUUGACUGCUGAGCAACCAUGUCUGAACGCCGUGCUAAGCGCCCUAAAAUCUCCAGAGGGGAAGAUGACUUUUUACCUGGGAAUAUAAUCGAAAUCGAGCUUCAUAACUUCAUGACAUUUAAUCACUUGGUAUGCAAACCUGGAUCACGUUUGAACCUUGUAAUUGGACCUAACGGAUCAGGUAAGAGUUCUCUUGUGUGUGCCAUUGCUCUUUGUCUUGGUGGUGAGCCUCAGCUUCUUGGGAGAGCUACCAGUGUUGGAGCAUAUGUCAAGCGCGGGGAAGAUUCUGGCUAUGUCAAGAUCUCUCUCAGAGGGAACACCAGGGAAGAAAUUCUUACCAUUUUCCGUAAGAUCGAUACACGUAACAAGUCUGAGUGGAUGUUCAAUGGAAGCACAGUUUGUAAGAGAGAUAUAGUUGAGAUUAUACAGAAAUUUAACAUUCAAGUUAACAAUCUCACGCAGUUCCUGCCACAAGAUAGGGUUUGCGAGUUUGCUAAGUUAACGCCUGUGCAGCUCCUGGAGGAGACGGAAAAAGCUGUUGGUGAUCCUCAGCUGCCAGUCCAUCAUCGCGCGCUAGUUGACAAAAGCCGUGAUCUGAAGCAGCUUGAGAGAGCUGUUGCGAAAAAUGGAGAGACGCUGAAUCAGCUUAAAGCUCUUGUUGAUGAGCAAGAGAAGGACGUGGAGCGUGUUAGGCAGAGAGAGUUGUUUUUGACUAAGGUUGAUUCCAUGAAGAAGAAAUUGCCAUGGCUAAAGUAUGAUAUGAAAAAGGCUGAGUACAUGGAUGCUAAGAAGAGAAUGAAGGAAGCCCAGAAAAAAUUGGAUGACGCUGCAGGGAUUUUGAACAGCAUGAAGGAACCUAUUGAAAAACAAAAGAAGGAGAAAGCAGAGGCAGAUUCAAAAUGCAAAAAAGUUAAGAAUCUCAUGGAUGCAAAUGGAAGAAACCGUUGUAACUUGCUCGAGAAAGAAGAUGAGGCAGAAGCAUGUGUAGUGGCAACAUACAAAGAACUGGAGGAAUUGAAGAAACAAGAAGAACACCGCCAAGAAAGGAUUCUGAAAGCUACUGAGGAUCUGGUUGCUGCGGAACAAGAACUCCAAAACCUGCCUGUAUACGAACGUCCUGUAGCCAAACUUGAAGAAUUGAGCUAUCAGAUUACAGAGCUGCAUCAGAGCAUAAACCGGAAGAAGAAUCAGAAGGGGGAUAAUGAGAGGCUUUUGUCUCAGAAGAGACACACCCUGAGGCAAUGCGCAGACAAGUUGAAGGACAUGGAGAAUGCAAAUAACAAACUCUUGACUGCGUUACGUAACUCUGGAGCUGAAAGGAUAUUUGACGCAUAUCAAUGGGUGCAACAGAAUCGUCAUGAGUUUAAAAGGGAAGUAUAUGGUCCUGUUUUGGUAGAGGUUAACGUUCCAAAUCGAGAGAACGCUUGCUUUUUGGAGGGUCAUGUUCCUUAUUAUGCCUGGAAGUCUUUCGUCACUCAGGAUCCUGAGGACCGUGAUUUGCUGGUUAGAAAUCUAAAACGAUUCGAUGUUCCUGUUCUUAACUAUGUCGUCGCUGGCGGCAGUCAAAAGGCUCCCUUUCAUAUUUCUGAUCAGAUGCGGUCUCUUGGGAUCCAUACUCGGCUUGAUCAAAUAUUUGAUGCUCCUGACGCCAUCAAGGAGGUUUUAACUUCCCAGUUUGGUCUGGACGACUCGUACAUUGGAUCAAAGAUUACCGAUCAGAGGGCUGAAGAAGUCUCUAAGUUGGGUAUUACAGACUUUUGGACACCAGACAAUCACUACCGGUGGUCUUCCUCAAGGUAUGGUGGUCAUUCCUCGGCAAGUGUAGACUCUGUAUAUCAAUCACGUCUUCUAUUAUGUGGGGUGGACGUUGGAGAGCUUGAGAAACUGAGAUCAAGAAAGGAGGAAUUAGAAGACUCUAUUUCAUUCAUGGAGGAAACUCACAAGAGUCUUCAAACAGAGCAAAGACUCUUGGAAGAAGAAGCAGCUAAACUUCAUAAAGAGAGGGAGGAGAUUGUAAAUGUUUCGCAUCUGGAGAAGAAAAAACGCCGUGAAUUGGAAUCCCGUUACCAGCAAAGGAAGACAAAGCUAGAAUCUUUGGAGCAAGAGGAGGACAUGGAUGCUUCAGUUGCGAAGCUGAUUGAUCAGGCUUCCAGAGCUAACGCUGACCGCUAUACAUAUGCGAUUAAUCUCAAGAAAUUGCUUGUGGAGGCUGUUGCUCAUAAGUGGAGUUACGCAGAGAAGCAUAUGGCUUCUAUUGAAUUGGAAAGAAAGAUCAGAGAGUCGGAAAUCAAUAUCAAACAAUAUGAGAAAACGGCACAGCAGCUAUCUCACGCCGUUGAGUAUUGUAAGAAAGAGGUAGAAGGAAAGCAGCAGCGGCUAGCCUCUGCCAAGAGGGAUGCAGAAUCUGUUGCAAUCAUCACACCGGAACUUAAAAAGGAGUUUAUGGAGAUGCCUACCACAGUCGAAGAAUUGGAAGCGGCUAUACAAGACAAUCUGUCUCAAGCCAAUUCAAUCCUUUUCGUAAACGAGAACAUUCUGCAAGAGUACGAACAUCGCCAAAGUCAGAUAUAUACCAUUUCGACGAAGCUUGAAGCUGAUAAAAGAGAUCUGAGCAUAUGCAUGAAAGAAAUCGAUUCAUUAAAGGAGAAAUGGCUUCCAACAUUGAGACAGCUUGUUGGUCAGAUAAAUGAAACAUUCAGCCACAACUUCCAAGAAAUGGCUGUUGCAGGAGAAGUUUCAUUGGAUGAGCGUGACACUGACUUUGAUCAAUACGGAAUACAUAUCAAAGUGAAAUUCAGGGAAUCUGGGCAACUUCAGGUUCUAAGCUCUCACCACCAAUCCGGAGGAGAGCGUUCUGUCUCAACUAUCCUUUACCUUGUCUCUCUUCAAGAUCUGACAAACUGUCCUUUCAGGGUUGUUGAUGAGAUUAAUCAAGGUAUGGAUCCCAUAAACGAAAGGAAGAUGUUUCAACAAUUGGUCAGAGCUGCUAGUCAACCAAACACACCACAGUGCUUCUUACUGACCCCAAAGCUCUUGCCGGAGCUAGAAUACAGUGAAGCCUGUAGCAUUCUGAACAUCAUGAACGGUCCUUGGAUCGAGCAGCCUUCAAAAGUUUGGAGCCUUGGUGAUAGUUGGGGCAAUCUCAUGAGACGAACGGAAGCUAGUCAAUAUGAUGAUUUCAGUUUGAAUGUAGCUUUUAGUGAACCAGGACCAGUCCCUCUACUUGUACCGGUUGAUAGAUUCGGGUUUCUGAAGCAGGAACAUGGCAAUUCUCCUCAACGUUUCACCAAGACUAAAUCAUCUAGUAACUAUGAGAAGGAGGAGAGAAGAGUCACAAAAUGGAGGAAGAUGAUUGGAACUGGGGGUAGUGAUUGGAAGCAUUACGUUAGGAGAAAACCUCAUGUUGUCAAGAGGCGGAUUCGAAAAGGGAUCCCUGAUUGCUUAAGGGGUCUCGUUUGGCAAUUGAUCUCUGGAAGUCGGGACCUUUUGCUUAUGAAUCCCGGUGUUUAUGUGCAACUGGUGAUUUAUGAGACGUCAGCAUCAGAACUCGAUAUCAUUCGGGAUAUAUCUCGUACUUUCCCAUCACAUGUUUUCUUCCAGAAGAGACAUGGACCAGGCCAAAGAUCAUUAUACAAUGUUCUAAAAGCAUACUCUGUCUAUGACAGAGAUGUCGGAUAUGUUCAGGGAAUGGGUUUCAUAGCCGGUUUGUUGCUUCUUUAUAUGAGCGAAGAAGAUGCAUUCUGGUUAUUAGUUGCAUUACUCAAAGGAGCUGUUCACUCCCCAAUAGAAGGAUUGUAUCAGGCAGGGCUUCCUCUUGUACAGCAAUAUCUGUUACAGUUUGAUCAGUUGGUAAGAGAGCUAAUGCCAAAACUAGGAGAACAUUUCACUCAAGAAAUGAUCAAUCCAAGUAUGUAUGCAAGUCAAUGGUUCAUAACCGUCUUUUCGUAUUCAUUUCCUUUCCAUUCGGCACUACGAAUCUGGGAUGUGUUUCUAGCUGAGGGUGUUAAAAUCGUGUUCAAAGUCGGUUUAGCAUUAUUGAAGCAUUGCCAUGAUGAUUUGUUGAAAUUGCCAUUUGAGGAACUCAUGCAUGCUCUGAGGAAUUUCCCUGAAGAUGCCAUGGAUCCUGAUACUUUGCUUCCAUUGGCUUAUUCCAUUAAGGUAUCAAAGCGUUUGGAUGAAAUGAAACAGGAUUGUGACAAGGCCGUAGCUAAACCGGCCAACCCGGCUAAUUCUGGGCUUGGUAGGGCCACUGCAUUUGCUCUUGCAGAGAAAGGUUUCUACGUCGUUCUUGUUGGACGGUCCUCUCAGCUUCUUUCAGAGACAUUGAAGGAAAUUACGAACAAGUACAAAGAUGCCCAACUCAAGUAUUUCGAAGCUGACAUGUCUUCUUUUGAAUCAAUCUUCAAGUUUAAAAACUCUCUAGAGCAAUGGCUAUCGGACUCAGCGUUACAUCCUUCGAUUCAGCUUUUGGUGAACAAUGCUGGGAUAUUGGCAACUUCUAGUCGACCAACCAUAGAUGGUUAUGACAGGAUGCUUGCUACAAACUAUAUUGGUCCAUUCUUCUUGACCAAACUUCUUUUGCCACUUCUGAAAAACAGUUAUAUUCCUUCACGGGUCGUUAACGUUACAUCUUUCACACAUCGUGCAGCUUUCAUUAAAAAUUUCAACAAGGAUUCUGUUACUGGAGUACGUUUUUCGACAUCAAGACAAUAUCCUUGCGCUCGAAUCUAUGAGUAUUCUAAGUUAUGUCUUCUACUGUUCUCAUAUGAAUUGCACAGACAGCUUAGGCUCUUAGACGACUCACGCCAGGUCUCUGUAAUAGCUGCUGAUCCAGGAUUUGUGAAAACGAAUUUAAUGCGAGAGCUUCCUCGUUACAUAACUUCCAUGGCGUUUCUUGGCGGCAGAAUUGUUGGCCUACUGCAAUCCCCGGAGGAGGGAGCUGAAUCUAUCAUCGAUGCCGCUUUAUCCACACCCGAAACAUCAGGUGUUUACUAUUUUGGAGGAAAAGGAAGGACCAUUGAAUCAUCACAAGUUUCUAGAGACCCGAAACUUGCUAAACAACUCUGGCAAACCUCUUGUGAUUUGUUCAAUAACUUGCAUCUUCUUCAUCACAACAACUAAUUAUUAAAGACUCUCUAGAAGAUCUUUUAUCUAAGAAUCCAGUCAAUUUCAUGAAUAUGAGAAACUAUAUGAAAGAAAUGAAUUGAUGAUAUCUUUGUUUAACAUUCAACCAUUCUAAGAAAACGUUAAAUCAUAC